CAUGAGGCGAGCUGUGAACUUGGCUAAACAAACACCGUCCCGGUUGCGUCUAGUCGGGACUGAGGGCGUUCCCGGAGGCAACGUUCAUGGCCUCGCCGGUUUCAUCUUCAGAGGAAAAGGGUUGGGCGCAGAGAGUAUCGGAUAAGGUUUUUGCUUUGUACAACUCUCUUCCCAAGAAAGGGAAACCUCAAGGGCGCGAAGUCUCCGUCUUGGCUGCUUUCCUUCUGUCUUCUCCUUCCAAUGAUAUGGAGGUUGUUUCUCUCGGAACGGGAACGAAAUGUAUUGGACGCUCACUUUUGCGCCCUUAUGGUGACGUUGUUAAUGAUUCUCAUGCUGAAAUUAUAUCACGAAGAGCUUUGUUAAGGUUCUUCUAUACACAGAUUCAACAUGUUAGUGAAACUUGUAAUAAGCAUAUACCCAGCAACGGAUGCAAACGGUUCAAAGUUGGCGACGAUAGCAUACCGUUUGUGUUGGUCCCAGAGUGUCCUGAUACAGCGAAAUAUAACUUGAAAGAGGGUUGGAAACUACAUAUGUACAUAUCGCAGCUACCAUGCGGGGAUGCUUCACUCAGUUCUCUGGUCUCACCUUCAGAUAGUAUUUCACUUGGAGAAAGAGAAAAUAAUGGUCCAAAACAAACAGGAAAAGUUCAGAGGAAGCCAGGUCGAGGUGAUACAACUCUGUCAGUUAGUUGCUCAGACAAGAUAGCCCGAUGGAAUAUUGUCGGUGUUCAAGGAGCUUUGCUUUCCUACUUUCUCCAACCAGUUUAUAUAUCCUCAAUCAUUGUUGGAUUGCCCCCUAGCAGUUCUGAAAAUCUUCUAAUCGAGGAUCACUUAAAAGGUGCUUUGUAUGAUCGCGUCCUACCUUUGUCAAACAAGUUAAGAAGUCCAUUUCGAGUGAACCAGCCAUUAUUUCUGGCUGCGUCAGCACCGCCCAAGGACUUUCAACAUUGUGAAAGUGCUGCUAACACUCUAACAUGCGGAUAUUCUAUUUGCUGGAAUAAAUGUGGCUUGCAUGAAGUCAUUCUUGGAACCACCGGAAGAAAACAGGGCACCUCUGCCAAAGGGGCAUUUUACCCAUCCACAGAAUCAUCAUUAUGCAAAAAGAGGCUGCUGGAGGCUUUCUUGUCACUGAGACCUGAGUGUUCGAAUUCUAUGGCUGUAGUUACUUAUCGAGAACUUAAGGAUGGGGCAGAAGAAUACCGAUUAUCUUCUAAAGUUCUUAAGCGGAAACCUCCUUUUAGCGAGUGGUUCUUGAAACCAUUGGACUCCGAGGCAUUUCCCAUCUUGAAAUAGCUGAGUUUAUUAGCUAUGUAAACCCUAUUUCGGUUGUAUUUGUGGGUGAUUGAUAAGUUAGACAUUAUAAGUGUAACGAGAGUGGGUUGUAUGCGUUUUCAGAGUUUUAGAUGGCCGAAAACAGUGCUCGCUUCCUCUAUUAUGAUAUUCUCAAAGCUCUGGAGGAAAGGGGGUGAGACCUUUUCUCUUUAGUAAUUGAGCCCGCGAAACAGCCUAAUUUUAUCUAUAGCAUAAACCUUUGAACA